CGCAACGAGUCAAGUUGAACUUAAUUAUUGAGUCUAUAAACUUUUCUGAAAAUUCCAAUACAACCCACACUUCUUCUUCUUCUUCUUCUUCUUCUUCUUUCCACACCGCCACAAAAACCUAAAACCCUCGCCGGAGCUAAUUCACCGGAAACAAAAAAAUGGACCCCAAAGAGAAACACGCGAUGAUUCGCGACAUCGGUUUACAAAUCGUUAUGAUCCUCGCCGUAAUCUUAAUCUUCCUCAGCAUGCACGGUAUUCCCCAGAAAUUUCUCGCCAAGCUCCGAAUCCGUAACCGAACCGGCAUCAAAGCCAAGCGUCACUUCGUAAGAGGCGCUCAGCUUCUCACACAAGCUAGAUCUUCCAAAAACAAAUCCAGAUCCGCCAUCAACCAACUCGCCAACGAAGCCCUAGCCGAAGCCGAAAAAGCGAUCGAACUCGAUCCUAAAGACGCGGCUUCGUAUCUUCUCAAAGCGAUGGUUCUGGAUCUUCAAGGCUUUAGAACCUCCGCUCUUGAAUCGCUUGACGCGGCUUUGUCGCCUCUCGCUGCUGGUUCGCUUGCUGAGGGAGAACGUGGCGAUGCGUUGUAUAAGAGAGCUGAGUUGAAACUCGCGACGAGUGAACGCACACGAGUUGACUCGGCGCUUGCGGAUUUGACUGAGUCGGUGAUUUUGAGCCCGAAGAACGCGAAGGCUUGGUGUGCGUUAGGGGAGUGUUAUGAAGGGAAGAAAAUGGAGGAGGAAGCUAAGAAAGCGUACAAGGAGGCGCAUGAGUUGGAGCCACAGUUUUCUGUGCCGGUAGAAGCACUUAACAGCAACGGGGCAAAAGAUGCAGAGCUUUCAUGAACUUAUAUUGGAAAAGAAUGAGUGUUGUAGAAGUGUUUUAUUAGUUGUGGCACCACAUGUCAUUUCAUUCAGGUGUUUCAUGGAGCAAAUGACUGAAAGCUCAAGAAGUAGAUCUACAACAUCAUAACUGUUGUGAAAUGAAAAAUAAAUACAUUUGUGUACCCUCUACACUACUAUUGGGUUCUAGUCAGUGCUAGUCAAUGUAUACAUCACUAAACAUGUAAAAUUGAGUACUUUCUUUGUUGAAUGAAAUUUUUCGCUUUUACCUACA